AAUCUAGUCAGUCAGCAGGUAUCUCUCGAUUUGGUUGUAUCCGUUCUGAAAAUAAACUAAGUUAAUUGACAGAAAACAAGACCGUCUCAGUUACUAAUUGUUUUAACUGUUGCUGACUUUCUAAUGACAGCAGUUUGUAUUGAGUGUAGUAAAAGUUAAACCGCUUUUUAAGGAUUUUGCGUAAAAGCAGUGCUUUUUCGAGUUUAGUUGGAGAUGCGAUUUUCACCAGCAUUCGAAAUUUCUGUAAAGAGUGCUCAGUAGCUGUGAAAAUAAGUUCACUAUUAAUAUCAGCAGUAUUGGAUUGGGAUUUUCUUCAACCUCGUACUGUAAAGAAGCACCAUUGAUGGACAGCAUUUGAAUAGCUACAUUAUGAAACAAAUGGAAUGUUACCGUUAAGUUUGGGAAUAGGUUCCAUUUUCAUUGUGUUGAUUGGAAUUGUAGUAAACGUAUACAUCAUACUUAUAAUAAGCCUGACGAAACAGAUUGCCUAUCUUAAUAAGAUUUUGCUUUUACAUUUGGGUGUAGUUAACACGUUAAUAUGUUUCACGUAUCUAAUCUUCUACGCCAUGAGCUUACUGAAACUACUCGUUUCAGUGGAUAUCGCAUGCAUUCUGUUUGGUUUGAGCUUUAAUAUUAUGCAUUCGGUCGUUCUAUGGAAUCUAUGCGCAAUAAACUUUGACAGAUAUUUUGCAAUAGCAUCACCACUGCACUAUGGAACACUUAUCAAUACGAAGAAGGUUCUGACCAGUCUUGGAUGCGGAUGGCUUAUAACAAUUUUAUUUGGUUUCCCGCAGCUAUUGCGAAUAUCACCAUAUUAUUAUGACUCAUACUACGAGUUGUGUCUCCCCAAUUUCAAAACCAUUGGAUCAUUACUGUACAAUACUAGUUUGACAGUUUUUACUGUUUUUCUUCCGAUUGUAUUGAUUUUUGGAUGUAAUAUGAAGGUAUUAAUGAUCGCCCGCUCUCAACGUCAUCGAAUUGCCUCGGCUAUACUAGAAGUUACACUAUCCGCUCAACUGACAAUCACUCAUCAGCGAAACCCAUUUUUCAUAACAAGUUUAUAUCACCCAAAUGUUACCAAUCCUGGGAGUCCACGGAUUAAUACGCAUAGUCCGGUUUCUAGUAUAGUGCAAUUAGUUGGAUCAGUCAUAACCGUUUAUUUCCCAUACUACGCUUGUAUUUUAUGGAACAACUUGAUCGAGAUAGUACAAAGAGAAGAACAAUUCAUGAAUGAAGUUAAACAAAACGAGCGGGCACUAAUACCUAAAGUUAUUUUACAAACUGCGACAGUUUUGUUAUUGAUAUCUCCGUUUGUAAAUGCCCUGUUUUAUGGCAUUAAAAAUAAACAUACUCGAAAAACCUUCCAUAAUAUAUGGAGAAAACAGAAGUCAAGAAUCGAGAUUCAUUAUGAAAUACAAGCCCGAACACCAUCUACGUGUGGGUCAAGAAGACCAUCUAUUACUGGAGCAAAUUCAACCCAACCACUAUUGAAUAAACAACUAUCCGAAACGUUUCUAGAAAUUAGUAAUGCCGACACAAACAAUAAACAAUCAGAUAAUAAGCUUGUAUCAGAAUCGCGGUGGACAUCAAAUUCAAGGAUCUCAAACUAUUCAAUGUUGAAUAGUCCAACAGGUGACAUAGAAAAUUCAACGCCUAGAUCUCUAACUUCAAGUGAACCUAAUGCUUUGGAGUUAUCAGCUCCCGGUAUCAGUGUAGAACCGACCAAAGUAACCUGUACUAUUAGAAAUGCUGUUAAGUAUUAUUCCUCAUUAAGUACAAAUCCGAAAAUAACAAUUACAAAAACAUUUUCGGUAGAAGAUCCAAAAUCACCUAAACAUGAACAGCUGUUUAGUACGGCAACAGCGGAAAUCAAAUCUGUUGAUUCAAUUGAAACGAAUGACAAUCUCCUGCUGGUAGGACCCACAGAAAGUUUUCUCGAAACAGAAAUAUUUAACAGUAUUCUCCUGACAAGCAAAGUACAAUCAUCUACUUUUAAAAAGUAUUCGUCAUUGAACGAUAUUACUAGAACUGCGGCCACAAUUUGUGAUAUCCUGAAAUAGUGAAAAUACUAUUAACAGUCGCAAAGUCAACAAAGAAACCCCAAAACAAACAAUUGAAAACAGUUGAAGAACCAUGUUGCUAGCAUAGAAUAGAGUAUAAUCAUAUAUCAAUAUGUCAAUAGAUUUUAUGUAUUGGAGUAGGAACAGUA